GAUCUUCAGCCAGGGCACUGGCGUAGACACGCACUGUGCUGGUCUACCCCCGCCCGGCACCUCAACUGGAGCCCCCAUACCAGGGACACGCUCACCCUCUGCCCCUGUCUCCUCCCUUCAUCCCGCCAGCGCCAUGAGCCGCCCAGGACUGCUCGGGGUCCUGCUCCUGGCUGUGCCGGCCAUCUCCCUUCCUGUGAUAAACGACAUGACUAAAGGGGACACUAAGGUGAUGAAGUGCAUUGUAGAGGUCAUCUCUGAUACUUUAUCGAAGCCAAAUCCCCUGCCAAUCAGCGAGGAAUGCCUAGAAACACUCAGAGGAGAUGAACGAAUCAUUUCUAUCCUUCGCCACCAAAAUUUAUUGAAGGAACUUCAGGAAAUUGCUGCUCAAGGUGCUAAUGAGAGAUCUCAGCAGCAGAAGAAAAACAGUGGCUUCGAAGAUGAACUUUCUGAAGUCCUUGAAAGUCAGAAUGACAAGAACAAGCAGAGAGAUGCAGCAGGGGAGCACCCUGAAGAGGAGCAGCCCACAGUGUCCCUCUCUGAGUUGGCAGCACAGAAAACCCAGCAAAAUGAUGAUUCAAGAGAGGAGGGAAAAAACAGCCUGGAGGAGAGGGAGCCCAGGCCAUGGGAUGAUGACCCCAGAGAGAAGGAGAAUCGAGAGGAAGCGAGGAGCAACGAGAUCAGGGGUGCAGAAGGUGCCCAGCGAGAUAAAGCUUUGGACAAUCACAUCAGCAAAGAGUUCAGCAAGGAUGAGCGGCAGCAGCGAAAGCAUGAAGAGGAGCAGCCCAGAGGCCCCAGGGACAACCUGGAGCUUGAGGACGAGGGAGAGCAAGCAUCCAGGCAGGGCCAGGAGCAGAGCAAGGAGGUGGCAGGGGAGCGUGUGGAGCGGGAGGAUGACAGAGGAGAUGAUGCUGCAGAGGAGGACCCUACUGAAGUAGAGAGGUCACUUGAUUUGGCUGAAGAGGACGUGGAGGCUGAGGAGACGCAGGGAGAUGACAAUAAUGAUGAUGCUCUGGGAUUUGGAAAAGAUGGGCAGAGCUCUGAGGAGGAAGAGGAGGAAGAGCGACCCCGGGCACUGAGAGGAGGAAGGCAUCACCUGGAGGAUGAAGGGAUGCAGGAGGAGGAGGAGGAGGAGGAGGACACCUUCCAGCCCAGGGAUGCCAAAAGUGAAGAGUUGGAAGAGGAGUCCUCCAGGGAAUGGGAAGACUCCAAGAGGUGGAAUAAAAUGGAUGAGUUGGCCAAGCAGCUGACUUCAAAGAAGCGCAUGGAAGAACAUGAUAGUGGGGAAGACCCAGACAGGUCCAUGAAAAUGGCAUUCAGGUCCCACAAGUAUGAUUUCAAUAGUCCAGAGGAAGAUGUGAGAAGGUCGUGGAAGCACCACUCAAAGGAAGACAGCAGUGAAGGAGGCUUCCCGCUUGCUCCCAUGCCCGAAGAAAAGAAGGACGAGGAAGGCAGUGCUAACAGGAGAACGGAGGACCAGGAGCUGGAGAGCCUGGCCACCAUCGAGGCUGAGCUGGAACGCGUCGCGCACAAGCUGCACGAGCUGAGGCGAGGCUGA